AUGGACGCGUUCGUGUCGCGCAAGAGGAAGUGGGAUGAGGGGCCGCCCAAGUCAGUGGCGAGUACGAGCACGCGGCCUUCAGAGGCUAAAGACCCAGAAGAAGAAUCUACUGAUUUCAAGUUGGCCUUGCUAGCAUCUUUACAUCCUACAGUUGAUGAAGGGACUCUGCUUGAAGCAUUGCUCGCUGCUGACGGGGCCGUUGAACAAGCCUCGGAGUGUCUAUCGCGACCUCAAGUUGCUUCCCCACGCAAGCGACCCGCAUCAUCGACAGUGGGCUAUCAAUCCUCACUGAGCUCGUAUCGCAUUGCUCCGGCGAAUGGAACCCUGAACAAGAAGCCACUUGUGAGAAAGGGCAAGACACUAUUUCUCUAUAGCCCAGAAGACAUCGAAGCACAUACGCCUUGUUCAAUCAUACACAAUUUCCUUCCGGUAGAGCAAGCGGAUGCACUGCUGUCACAAUUACUGGACGCCUCGUCGACCUACGACAGGUACGAGUUCAAGCUGUUCGACAGAGUUGUUGUAAGCCCACACACGUACUCCUUCUACGUCAACAGCUUAGAAGAAGCGGAACGACAAAAGACGGAAUACAUCUACAACGGUGGCCAGAUCGAGGAUGUCCGACAAAGCCUCCCAGAAAUGCUCAACGCAUGCCCCCAAGUCGAAGACGCCGUCAACCGCGAAAUCCAACACAGAAUCCGCGACUUCUACCCCAACGGCAAGAAACUCAAAUACCAAUCCCCUCACCCCUGGAAAGCCAACACCGCUUUCGUAAACUGCUACGACGGACCACAAGAAAGCGUCGGAUACCACGCCGACCAACUCACCUACCUCGGUCCACGAGCCGUAAUCGGCAGUCUAAGCCUCGGAGUAGCGCGCGAAUUCCGGGUCCGCAAGACCGUCGCCGAAGACGACUCGCACCGAAAAGACGACGGUUCUCUCGCGGACGCCCAAGGCCAAAUCAGCAUUCAUUUACCACACAACUCGCUCCUGGUCAUGCAUGCUGAGAUGCAAGAAGAAUGGAAACACUCGAUUGCGCCGGCCCAAGCUAUCGAUCCUCAUCCGCUUGCGAAGAACAAGCGGCUUAAUAUCACGUAUCGGUUCUAUAAGGAUAGCCUCCAUCCGAGGUUUACGCCGAAAUGCAAGUGUGGUGUUUCGACUGUGUUGAGACAGUACAUUGACAUCAGCAAGCUUUACUACGAGCACACAUAUUGCUACACACGGCACAUUGUCGACAGCACGCCUCCUCGCAGUCUUACAUCCCACAAGUCAACCGAACCUAUCCUACUGCCACAUCACUCGACCAUGCCACCUCUCUUCCCCCACCAAGCGGUCAUGUUCCGGCCAUCGACACCCAUGCCGCAACCCAACGAAGUACUCGACAGUAUCCUCACAGGCUAUCUCUGGGGCUGUCUUCUAAUAACUCUGUUCCUCUUCACGUACUUCGCCAUCAGCUUCUGCGCCUGGGUGCUCUCGGCAGUUUUGGCUUCGAUCGACACGAUUGUUGACUUCGUACGGGCGUACUGCGAAUUUUCGGAUGCUGGUACCGAUGUCGAGAUGAGCGGCGACUUUUGGCUGGAGAAAUACACGGCUGAGAGCGCAGGGCAGAUCAACAGAGCAGAUGAGAUCACCAGGCUCAAAUGCACAUUACACGAAUACGACACCGCCCUCCAAGACGCACACUCAGCCACCGAGAUACCCACACUACACCCGGGCGAUAUCCUCACGAGCUACACCAACCUCCCCGAGAAAACCCCUACACUCCCGGCGCUUUCUUAA